UAACUAACCUGGACCUGUGAUUCCUUUGCUCUGCUCUCAGGAGCUCUCACACUCCCUUUUCCCUCGAGAAGCAUGAGGACGAUGGAGCAGGGCUGCACCCGCUUGGAGGACUUCCCUCUUAAUGUGUUUUCGGUCACUCCUUACACACCCAGUACCGCUGACAUCCAGGUGUCGGACGACGACAAGGCAGGGGCCACCUUGCUCUUCUCAGGCAUUUUCCUGGGACUGGUGGGGAUCACGUUCACCAUCAUGGGCUGGAUCAAAUACCAAGGAGUCUCCCACUUUGAAUGGACCCAGCUCCUUGGGCCUAUCCUGCUGUCGGUGGGGGUGACGUUCAUCCUGAUUGCCGUGUGCAAGUUCAAAAUGCUCUCCUGCCAGUUGUGCAAAGAAAAUGAGGAAAGGGUCCUGGACUCGGAGCAGACGGCAGGAGGACAAUCGUUCGUUUUCACUGGUAUCAACCAACCCAUCACCUUCCAUGGGGCCACUGUGGUGCAGUAUAUCCCUCCUCCUUAUGGCUCUCAAGAGCCCAUUGGGAUGAACAGCACCUACCUACAGCCAGUGGUGAACCCGUGUGGUCUCCUACAGUCUGGAGGGUUGGCAGCCGCCAUGCCAAGCCCUCCUCAGUACUACACCAUCUAUCCUCCAGAGAAUGCUGCCUUUGUUGACGACCAGGACUACCCUUCCUUUGUGGAUAGUGGAAAUGACAGGUCCAGCCCUGAUGCUGAGCAGUUGGAAGAGACACGGCUGGGAGAUGAGGACUCUGCUUGCUUCUCUCCUCCUCCCUACGAGGAAGUAUGCUCCGUCCCUCGCUAGAGACUAUGAGGCCAAGGGAAUAGCCUUUUAGUAUUGUUGCUGACACUAAAGUGUUCUGUGCUAUGACCUUCAGACGUUAGACAGCAGAGCAGCCCAGGCAGCCUGGCAGAUACCAUUUGGGCCAGGGAAAGGGGAAGUGGGAGGUAGAAUCUCUCUGACUGGGAAGAAUUAGGCUGGGGUGGGGAAAUUCCCUUCCGGUAGAGCUAGAAAUCCCCUGCAUGUGGUUCAGGAUCAGGAAUUUCACCUGUUUAUCUACCACCCAUCCCUUUCCCACUAGAAGGCACUAGUGUCUUAAUUGGAACUCCAGCAGCCAAGGGAAAAAUGACUACUGCUGUGACUUUGGGAGUUUCCACUGUGGUGAGAGGUGGGGGGUGGGAAGGAAGCAGGGAACGGAAAAAAGAGUCAACCUGAGGUUUCCCAGUGCCUGUUCCCAGCCCCCAAAGGGAUUUGCAUAUUUAAAAGAACUUGCCAUCCGGUGUCCCUGGAGGACUCUGGGUAUCUUAAAGGCUGCAAAUAAAUAAAUAAAUAAAAUGGAAUAAAAUAAAAUAGCGUCUCCUAUUAGAAUAGUAUUAGAUAGCUAGGUAAAACAUACAAAAUAAAUAGUAAUAGGACAACUGUCAAUAAGUCCUUACAUUAUCACUGAGUCACAGCGACAGUUGGCUGCUGACGUUCUCUUCAGCAAGGCUGAGGCUCGAGGUGGCCACUCCAGGACGGGGCUGGUGCAGGACAUGAACUGAGUGGGCCCAGUGGCCAACAGAACACAGGCACUUCCCUAUGCGCCCACAGAUGAGAUCUGUUGAAUUAGAAUAGAGCUGCCAUGGAAAAUCACAAAUCAUGGAAACAGUCUUUAUCAUAAAGAUAAGUUCACCUUCUUUAUAAAAAAAUUUUGGUGCCCUUAAUCUCCCUGAAUCUGGACUAAAUAACCAGAACAGACUCACAGAUUUUAGGAGAGACAGGUAAAACCAUGGGGGUUUGAAAGGAAAUAUUUCCCCUAGGCUGCAAAAGUAAGGCUAUUCAAUUGGUGGCUCAUCUCAAAGGAAAAUGGGAUUUAGCAAUCCUUUAAAGUUUUGGUAGUGUGUAUGUAUAUGGAGUGAUUUUUAGCAAUUUUUAUCAGAAAUAACUAGUUUUUCAAGCAUAUGAUUAAAAUUAGCUUGGCAUAUUAUUUUGAUCUGUAUUAUACCUUAAGGACAAAAUUUCUUUACAUGAGAAUUCAUUUUCAGGUUUCAACGAUAGGAGGUGAUUGAAAAAUAUGAUUCAGUUUAUGGAAAGUAGCUUUAUACUCAAUGUAUUCAUGAAAUGCCAGCUUCCUGGCUGAGGCCCAUCAGUUUUGGGGAGGAAGUCUGGUGACAGGGACGAGGUAGAGCAUCACAGUGGCAUGCCCACCAGCAGUGGCUGCACACCUGCCUCCCUCACCCACUUCCUGCCUCAUCCUCACCCACCACACAACUUUAUAUUCCAGGAUUUGCGUUCCAGUGAGCAUCAAGAGUGGCUCAAAAGGGAAAGAGAUGUCAGAAAAGGACAUUCGAGAGUGAAGAUGGGAGGCUAGGACAGCCAGUUAGUCUCAGCGAUGCCUGGAGUCUGAUAUGCAGGGAAGGGGCCUUGGGGGGUUUUAGCUCCAGGAGGCAGAGUCAUUCAGCACCAACUGUCCAUUCCAAAACAAAGAAAAAGUGCUAACAUAGAGGUAAUUUAUGCUUCUGAAGACUGUGCAUCAGAGCUGACAGCUCAACGUGGGAGGUGGAGCUCAGAAAAUAGGAACUCAGCACUGAUUUAUCGAGCAUCUCCUCUGUGUCAAGACCUGGGGCAUCGAGUGCAGACAUAACAGUGAAGAACCAAACCCACAGAAGAGCAGAUAUGGCUGCCCUGGUGGAGCUUCUGGUCUAGAGAGGGAGACAGAUACUGACCACUUAUUCCCAGAUACCCAAGAGGGAUCCUGGAGCCAGAAGAGGGAUUUGGACUAGUUGGAGGGUCACCAGGGCUUACUUGGGAAGCUGAAGUCAGGGCCGCUACCCUGCUCUACCCCAGGAGCACUGUUACAUGGACAGCCGUGCCACUGGACUCUCUGAACCUCUGAGGACUGUGCUGGGAGCUAAAGGACCAGUAGCUGGUGCUAGACAAAGAGGAGGAUGGGAGGCCUGGCAAGAUCCCAGAGUGGGAGGCGGGGUUAGGACGCACCUGGCAGGCUGUGUAAACCUUUUUAUUCCACUGCUGCUAUAGCCCUUGGAGCUGCCUUCUAGUACCCGGGAAAUCAUAUCCACCAGCUCUCUGGCUUUGAGACAACCCCACCAUUCUCUCCUUCUCUCUUCACUUGGGGGUUGCAGGGGCCAACAUGACGGGGAGCCCACUGAGUGGCCCCUGGACUCUGACGCCAGGUCUUUGCUGGUCUCUUGGACCAGCGAGGACAUACUCCUGGCAGAGUUUCAGAUCUGUUGUCUGGGUACUUGCCUUUUAUCAUUCUCUCUCUCAGUCUCUUUUCAGGGCUGAAUAGAGAACUGUGAUGUGGGGAUAGUGAAUUGGGGUCUCUCUGGUCCUGGCUGUGCUACCACCCUGAGAUUACUGGUGUGGAAUGCGGCCCUGGCUUUCAGCACAUGCUCAAAGGUCCAGUGUCCAGGCCAGGACCCAUGGGGCAUUGUCAAACAUCUUAUUCUGUGUCUGCAGAGCAAUUGGAAAGCCACUGAAAUAUUUUAAUGAGGAGGAAGCUGUGAUUAGAGUCUGAACACUUGCUAGUUAGGACAAACCAGAGGCUCAUAGGCUGUGAUAUUGACCUUGCUGGUGAAGUCCAGAUCUCAGUGACCAGAGUACCAGGAGACAUCCAUCUCCUCUACCCAUAGUCUUUGCUGGGGUGCUGUGUCUGGGCUCUACACAUAAUUCAAAAUAAAGCUACAAGGUCUUGUUAAAGGAGACAGAUUUCUUAAGAACUUAAUGUUAACAUCUCUCGGGAGCCGAUUUGGGCUGGGCCUUUUGGCUGGAGACACUGAUGACAGCUGAUGGCCUUGAUGGGGCAUUCAAGCCCAGGAAAGGAGGCCCAAGAACCAAGGGGAAGAAGCUCUCACAAAGCCCUUACACUCCUUUCUCCUCUUGUGCGGUGUGGCUCUCGUCCACUCCCUCCUGCAGGCCCUGGGAGGUAGGUACCCUGCGGAGAUGACAGUCGUCUUCCCUUUUGCUCCGUUGAGCCAGGCACAGGUCUAAGUUUCAGAUGCACCAAGAGGCUCUGCUCCAAAACAGCCCUUUAAAUGCUCUCUCCACUUUUUUUUGGAGGGGUGGGGUGGGGUGUAUGGUGUAAAAAUAAACCUCUUGUUUGUGACGA